GUACUCUAUAGAACUUAAGUGUUAAACUGUAUUAAAAGGAAACAAGUCAAGCACUAGGACCAAGCGGAAAACUGCUCAAGCUGACGCCUGUUUGCAAUAAGGUCAACGAUUGGCUCAGCCGUUUUCUGUUAGCUAGCGUGUGAUUGGCUGAACCCGCUGUCACUCCACGAGCCUCUGGAGUAGCAUAAUGUUUGUUUUGCAUCAGACUUGUGACCCUGUAUGUCCCACCCACCUCUAACAAGUGGAAAUUUUAUGUUUUUUUUCGCAAAUUAACACAAAACUUGAUAUUAGAAAGGGAUAUGUAUAUCGAAAGCAGCAAUUUAAAAAUGUUACAGCUAAUUUUCAUAGUCUGAGGUGGCAUCGUGUGGGUUACGGUGCAAAAUUCUUUAUCGAUCCAUUACCAAAUCAAUACAGAGAUACUUUUUACUUAAAAUGUUUUCGUCAAAAUUAUUAUUAAUAAUAAUUUAACUAGACACAAACACAAUAGAACCUAAAGUAAGGGUCCGAUAAUGCUACUACUCCCACCCCAAACGUUAUACCCUCAUAAAGAGGCUUUAAUUAAACCAAACUUGAACGUUGCUUUUAACACACAAUAAAUUUAGAUUGUAGUAUGUGUAUGCCUGCUAUGUGAUCAAAAUACUCUUAAAGGCAGUAAACGUGCUAACACGUCAGAGACAUGAAAGAUGUCUGAAAGAACACACCUGACUUACAAGAAAGGUUGGACUACAAAGGUUUAACAUUGCGACGAAUAGCGCCUAAUAAUACCUCUUUACAUUGUAGUUUAUGACAUAGAAUACAAAACAUGACAUUAAUGUUUUGUUUAGUGCUGUAACUUGUAACUGUACGAUACUUCAACGUUGAAGGAAGGUUUAAAACACGAACUUGUUUGUGUUUGGUAUCCAUCUUGAAUGUUGAUUUUACCCAAAACGGAUAUCCGCCUUUUAGGUGUUCCAGUUACUUUUUACCGACUAGGAACUCUGGUAGUUUGACUUUCCAGUAUUACUGCGACGCAGCCUUCUUAAUUCAAUACGCUACAUUUUUAAUUCAUAAAACACACACGUAAAAAUUGUUUUCACACAGAAGCUAAUUCAUUUGAAUUACCGAAAGUGUGUAUAAACAUUUAUGGUUUCGUAAAAUAUGACAAUGGCUGCGUAUCGCUACCGAAAGCUAGCAGGCUAAAGCUAAGUGCUAGCCAUUAGCUUAGUUUUUGGUGUGUUUCAGCGAGGUCAUAACGUAAAGGCAGGAUUUUAAAACAUGGCAGCGGUUAAAGGGAGCGAUUCGGGUGCCUCGUUUGAGGCUGUGUUGGAUAGAAAGUUACUCAAUGUGACAAAUACAAUGGAUUCCAUUCAAGGACUGUCAACGUGGUGUAUCGACUACAAGAAGUACCACAGCAUGAUAGUGAGACAGUGGAUCAAGUGUUUGAAGAAAUCUGACACGUCGCACAAGCUCAACCUUUUUUACCUCGCCAAUGAUGUCAUUCAGAACUGUAAACGGAAAAACGCGCUGGUCUACCGUACGGCAUUCGCUGACGUGCUCCCCGAGGCUUUCUUGCUGUUAAAACAUGAAGGUGAUGCCAAGGUGGUGAAAUCCGUGGAGAGGAUUCUAUCCAUUUGGCAGGAGAGAAGUGUGUACUCGGAUGCACUGAUCACCGAGCUCAGGAAUAGCUUAGUCAAAGAAGAAUCCCCACCGGUGACACCAGUGGAGCAAAAAAAUCCAGUAGAGUCCAAGGCAGAGCUUCGGUCCAAGAUUGUUGCCGAAUUUGUGCCCCAGGCGCUGAUGGAGCAACUUUCCCAGUACAAGAGGUCCCUGGAGGAGGUGGACCUGAGAGAAAAACAAGUGGCAGCGAUGAGGGUUGAUAUCUGCAGUUCUGACGCGCUCAAGAAACUAAAAGAUAAGGCAGGAGGAAAGAAAUUCUCCCGGGACUUUGAAGAAGGCAGCACACAGCUACAAGAGUUUGUUAAAUUUUUUGACAGACAAAACAAAACAGGGGCUCCUCUCAUGGAAGCCUUGAGCAACGCAGAUAUCUUCUAUGAGAUGCAGUACAAAGAAGUCAAGAUUGUCGCCAAUGCAUACCAGACAUUUGCCAACCGGGUGUCCCACUUGAAGCGCAAGCUGGACAACCUAAAGGCCACCUUACCGGACUUGGACGAGUCGCCUAUUCCGUCACCGUCUGCUGACGCCCCGUCUCCGACGGGCUCGGAAUCGCCUUUCCACGACCUCGAGCUGACCAACCCCGAUCCAGACGUUGAUGGUUGCGUAAUGGAUGAAGAAGCGGAGCCCCCAGCCCCGAGUCCUCUGUCGUCGAUCGGAGAAUCCCCCAAACGGGGGUUGAAUCUUGGGGAAAAUGAUAACCGUGAAGUGGAGGACAUGGAGCUCUCAGAUGAAGAAAUAGUCAGCGGAGGCAUUAUUGUGGAAGAUCACAUGAAGGGCUCCAGAACCUCGGAUCCGAACCAUCCACCCAAUGUGGUCGCUAAAACCACGGAGCCAUCGGUAGCAGCAGCGGCACAGCCUGCCUCUCGUGGUGCUACAUCUGUACCGUCCCCUACAGACAGCGUGGAAAAUGUUGACCUGGGUAAAAUUGGUUCCAUCCUCAACAGUUUAAGUUCGGCUAUGAAAACCACAGGACCAUCAGUGGAGAGCCCCACUGCUGCUGGCUCUUAUUCAUCAGUAGCGACCUUACCCGCUCCAUCCCAGGAUGCUAGUUCUCUGGUUGACAUCCUGGCAAAGGUGGAUGUGAGUCCUGCUGAUAUCCUUAGUGCUCUGUCCAAGGUCCAGGCCCAAGGGGGCCUUGAGGGCAUCACUUCUCUUCUGAGCAGCCCUGCUACGAAUGUCCCCACUGAGUCCUCCAAGACAGGCAAGGCUCCUCCCUCUUCCUUGUUCACGUCCGCUCCAGCAGCUCCCACUCAGAGCUCCACGGCCUCCUCUGCUCCACUCGUGCCUUCAUCAUCAUCAUCAUCAUCAUCUAUCACCACUGUACAGCAGAGGACAGGCCCACCACCAGAGCUUCCUGAGAACAAACCAACCCCUGCCCCGGUGCAGGUUGCCCACCGAGACGUUGGUUUGACCGCAGAAACCGACGCCACAAAACCAGACAGUUUAGAAUCCAAAAUUCACAACUUCCUGCACGGCAACCCUGCUUUUAACAACUUUGACCUCAGCUUCAACAUGAAUCCACCCCUCAGGGCGGAUACCCUGAGUCCGGGAACGGGAACGGACACACAGGAUGGGACGCCGGUGCGCGACGAGGGAGGAGGCACCCCGACUCAAGACGAGGCCAUGGACGUUCCGGCGGGGCCUGAAAGUGGGGCUCCAACUCCCUUAGCCGUCCAGAAGAACCUCGCACAGAACCCCGAGACCACUAAACUGCUGAUGCAGACCGGUGUUGCCCAAAAUGGGCGGUUGUACCAAUCGUACCCAUAUGGGGACCGUGGUACGACAGAACCUGUCGCACAGUACCAGCCCGGAGGUCCCGGAGUCGGCGCACAGACUGUCGAGGGCUUCGAAGGCACGGGCGAUCGGGGUUGGUAUGGCAAGACGUACCCGGGAACGGGGUUCCAGCCGCCCACGGGUUACAAUGUGACAAUGCCUGCUAAAAACCAACCGUCAGGAGACUUUGAGUCUCAGGACCCUCAAGGUUUUACCGCUCAGCAAGGUGUUUUCUUCGGAAACCUUCCCCCCGUCCCCAAAUUACCACCCCCUCCAGUUGUCUUUGACGCACCCCCCGCCGGAACCGGCCAUCCAACCGCUCUCUCGGAGAAGCACCCGGAACCCCAAACAGACUUUGGGGUACCUGGGAUGGUGCUUCAGGACCAUUUACCCGAGUCAUACGAGGACCAGCACCCCCCCUUAGACAACAUGCGCUACCCCGAAGACCACGAGCAUUACCGCGAGGAUGCCCCCCCCCACCACCCGGGCCCUCACUUUCCGAACAGCCCUUACAGCCACCCGGAUGCUCCUUUCUAUCCACAGGGCGGUCCUCGACACCCCCCUCCUAGAAUCAGGGGGCACCUGACGCCCCCGAACUCCGCCUCACAGGAUCUUUUUUACAACCAGGAUUACCAGAGACAGAGCCCCCCUCGCCCUCACAAUGCACUCAGACGCCCGCCGCCCCAUUUUGAGAGGCGCCCUCCAGGUUUGCGACCCCCACAUCGCCCUUCCUUCGCACCCCCGCACCCGUUCCCUCGGGGGCCCCCUCGUGUGCCUUUACCUCAUUUUCACGGUCCGGAACCGAGAUUAAGAGGUAAGCGCUUAGGUCCCAGAGGAGGUUUGAAUCCGGGUCCCAUGUUUGCUCCGAAAAGACCCUUCCCGCCCCCACGGUACUGAGGGCAAAACUUAGGGGCAAACCUCUAUCAAGGACCCUCUUUCACUGUCACGGGUGGGGCCGCAUUUGAAGAACAACACGUCCGAAUCCCAAAAAUAGCCAAGAGUACAGAAAUUCCGGAAGACGGCAACAACCGGGAAAGAAUCCAGAGGUUCCCAGAAUGCCGGAAGGAAAAAAAUGGCGGAAGAUGAAAGAAAACAAGAAGGUGCAUAUAAACAUAUUUCUUUCAUUUUUUUGGGUUAUUUUGUCCCGUUUGAAUACAUAAUCAAUAAGUUUGAUACUGAUUGAUACUGAUACCAGAGUGUUUGCAUGGUAUGGAUGUGGGUGGUCGAGUGUCAUGAGCUAGCCACAGCUAGCUAGCUAGCUAGCUAGCCUGGAAAGGAUGUACUUGAUGCUAAUUUUUUUUCUUCCCCCCCCCUGAAUGAUCUUCCUUCUGCAAUACAAUACAAUACAAUACAUAACGUUAGCAUGAUGGGAAAUCAUAUUUGACUAUGAUGUUAAUAUUUGAAGUGAUGGGUCUCGCCUUGGUCAUAGUUUGCCCCUUUUUCGACUUAAACUGAGACGAGGAGUGAAAGAGUUCUUUUAGCCUCUGACCCGACACGUGAAUAUUUUUUUGGAAAUGGGGGGGCUUCAGUUUCAUUUAUUUGUACUGACUUAUAAUAAAAGUUUGAUUUUGAAAAAAAAAAAAAAAACAAAACAAAAAAAAAUGUUGUUUCUGCAUCACAUUCA